UCCUCUGCGGCCGCCAUGCUGCCCGCCGCCCGCGCGCUGCCGCCGCUCGCCUGGCGCUGGGCCGCGGCCGGGCCCCGGGCGCUGGGCACGGGUCGGGCCCGGCGGUCGGAGGCGCUGGCCGGGGCGCCGCUGGACACGGCCACCAAGGAGUACUCGCCCAAGGUGCGGCAGCUGGUGCGGGACAUCGCGGGGCUGACGCUACUGGAGGUGGCCGACCUCAACGCGCUGCUCAAGGAGACGCUGAAGAUCCCGGACGUGGGGGUGAUGCCGGCGGCUGCCUCCCUCUUGCCCUCCCAGGCAGCUCCGAAGGAGGAGGAGGAGGAGGUUCCGCUCAAGAAAGAGAAAACACAUUUCACCGUCCGGCUGACGGAGAUGAAACCUGCUGACAAGGUGAAGCUGAUCAAGGAGGUGAAGAACUUCGUGCCAGGAGUGAACCUCGUGCAGGCGAAGAAGCUGGUGGAGUCCCUUCCGCAGGAGAUCAAGGCAAACGCCUCCAAGGAGGAAGCAGAGAAGAUCAAAGCGGCGCUGGAGGCAGCCGGAGGGACUGUGGUUCUGGAGUAGACGGCCCCAUCUCCCAGGGAGGGACUGGCGCACCGCGGCAGCCUGCCCCGCCGGCCCCGGUACCGGCCCCGGUACCGGCCGCUGCCCCGGCCGCGCUCCGGGUGUCUCCCAGCGCCAGACGUCCCUGCCAGCCGCGCGGUGGGACCGCGCGCAGAGCGGCCCGCUGCAGGAUUGCUGUACGGUUUGACGGGGCUUGGUGCCCGGUUCCGGCAUCGCCACGAACUCUGCCUUCAUAAACAUCCCCCCCAAAAA